UGGAAAGGAAACAUCAGUCAUUACUGUUACCUGUGCGGCUUUCAUACUUGCAACAUGGCACCAACUGUUUGCUGCUUGACAGGGAGGAUGUCCAUCUCAAUCCUUCACUCUGAGUAAAGGUCCAUUGUGCUACACAAUGAUGGGAAAAAAGAGACAGACACAUCACUAUUCCAGAUGCCCUAAUGUUCUGAUACCAAGCCAAAUCCCUGAAUUCUGUAUUCCCCCAAGGCAUCAAUCGCAGAAGGGUCCAAAAAACAAUAUGCUGUUAAGAUCAGACUAUUUUGGGUCAGUAUUUGAAUCAGGAAGACUUCACUUGCCAGAGACACACAUAAUACAGGUGGAAAACAUGGAUGAAUCAACAGAGGGAGAAAAUACUAAUGCUGAUCCACAAUCACAGGCGGCUCUGUCUUUACCUCACCUCAAAACUCAGACCUCCUAUGGAUUCUGCACAUUGCUUGAGAGCCCAAAUACCAGAAGAAAAGAAUCACUUUUUCAUAGUGAUCCUGCUGACCUGCCUCUGCAAUUGCAUAGAUCCAAAUCAAGUGCAAUAUCAUGUUGGGCUGCAUCCUGCAGUGGAAAUUACAUCAAUCUUAGGUUGCUGCCCUCUAGUGUAUCUGGCACCUUUGAUAGUGAUCCAGUCUCCUCUACGGAUUCCUCUCCUUUCAGCUCUCCUCUUUUGCAUAGGGCUCUACCAAACUCUUUAGUGAAAGCUCUAAGCCAGGACAGCAUGGUUUCUAAAGCUUUAAGGGUAAACUGCAAGUCUUUUGCUGUAAGAAAUAAUUCUGUGUCCACCGAUGAAGAUACUUCUGCUGACAGUAGUCCAUGUGUUACUAGAAGACCCUCUUAUGAUUGGCCUCAGCAUCUAUCUAUCCGGUCUCACACUGGCCUAUUAGUAUCUUUUAGUCAGCUUGCAAAAGAUAGCACAGUAACUCUAGAUACUGGAGGAAUUUUAAGACUGUCUAGUGAAUAUCGAUCUGAAAGCAUGAGACUCCGUAUCCGACUAGUGAGUGCAGAAGGGCUUUACAAGUCGUCUGUAGAUUCUAAAAAUAUCAGCUGCUCCAUAUCCAUAACUAUUGUUCCUGGAAAGAACCAGAAGCAGAAAAGCACUUUAAUUCGUGGAAGUCGUAACCCAAUAUUUAAUGAAGAUUUUUUCUUUGAAGGAAUGGGGCCGCAUGAUUUAUUCCAGAAGACACUGAAAGUGAAAGCUUUAAAUAGAAGUUCCUAUGUCUGGAAAGAUAGUGUUCUGGGAAAGAGUAAAGUUAAUCUUGUUAGUGUGUUACCCAUCUAAUAUACUUAAAUUAUUUUUAUUCAUGCUGAAUUACAUAUUGAAAUAAGUUGAAUAUACAUUUACGCAACCCUGAUCCUGAACAGGAGUAAUAAAAUAUUUUAGUGCUUAAGUGUCACUUCAAUUAAUACCUGCUCAUUAAGACUGACUUUCUGCUAAUCCUGUUUUCUACAUGUUGCAAAUGCUGCUUAAUUUAUUUGCUGAACUGUAUAUUAAUACUCAUAUACAAUGUAGUAUUUUUAGUUUUUUAACAGAAUUCCAGCAUACAAUGCAAGUUACACACAAUUCACCAAUGUGGUGUCACUUCUGGCAUGCAGCAUCAAUAAUGGCAUAAGCAUAUGAUUUCCAUGAUGUUAACCAGUUGCAUGUGUUGGUUCAAACUACUAAAUGAUCUGUGCAAGUAACAGCUAGGUGUUACUUCCAUGGCUCCUUUGCAUUUAGGUACCUGUACUUUGCUCGCCAUUCAUCUAAACAGUCUGAAUUAGCUUAUUAUUGCUCACAGCAAGGUGGUAAGAUGUGUGUUUUGGAGCAAAUGCCUUUGUAAAUUGCAUUAAAGUGUGCAACAGUUUUUCUGUUUUACAUUUUAACAUUUUACUGUUUUGCAGUUGCACGGUGACAUGUUUUCUUCUCCUAGAAUUAUACUCAGUGGAAAAUUUUGCAGGAAAAGUUGGUUAGGCUUGGGUAUUGUCAAGUGACACCUCUAAGAUGAAACUCUAUUUUGGCAUGAAAGAAAUUUACAAGGGUGACCAGGUUUUAAAGUCUAACUCAGGGUGGGCAAUGCAGGCAUAUACUGCACCAACUGGUAAUCAUCAUUUUCUUCUGUUCCGAUCAUACAGAACAGAGAGACAGAUCAUAUAUUAUAUGAUGAACCCUCAUAUAGUAUAUAUCGGAUCAGUCCACAGACUUUGCUGUGUGUGCUGGUUACAUGAAUUCAACACUGGAGCACAAAGUUAUAUGUACAUAGAUCAAAAAUGACAAGAAAUGUUUAGAACCUAUUAGUGAUUACACAUAAGAAUGUACCGAAUCCCUAUUUUCAAGCCAAGCCUUGAAUUUUUCAGGAAGGAUUUGUCUGAAUCAGACCUCUAAUUUGCAUAUGUAAAUUAGGGAACAGAAGGGGGAAAGAACGACCACGUAAGUCAAUGCAAAAACUUUCAUCCCCUUAAUCAUGUGACCUAAAGUUUAAGGGUUCAGAUUCCAGUCAGCGAGGCUCUUGAAUGCGGGCAAAUCAAAUUGUGCUCAGAUUCAGCCGAAUCCUGAACCAAAUCAGAUUCAGAGCAUCCCUAAUUACAUAUAGUGAUUUAUAGUAUCCACCCAGAGCUGAUAUUCUGUACUGGCACCCAAGGGCCUGUGCCUAGGUCAGGGGUAACCUUAAGAUGCCUAUAUAUUUUAAAAGAAAAAAAAAUCUACCAUCAUACAGCCAGACACUUGGCUCAAUAUGGCAUUGGACCUGAGGGAUGGGAGGGACAUUUGCUGUUUGUAACAUCCCUCAGGAAAGUCAAAUGUGACCAAAAUGUUGGAUUUCUCAUAAUUUGAGCACUUAAUACAUAAUACAUAAUUUACUCAUUAUUUCAGUGAGUGCAGUAUGUUGUUUGCAGAUAUAUACAUUUAUUUUGCCCUGGAACUUCCUACUCCAUCUGUCACAGUCCUAUAAGGAUUCAUUUAAUUAAAGGAACAGUAA